AUGGCGGUUUCUAUAUCACGUUGUCUCGCCACACUCCUCUUGGUGGCAGGAACAAUAGCACCCGCUGCAGCCUCCAAACCUGAUGAUGGCUCAGACACAGGCUUAGACGCUUGGCGUGCAGCAAACGAUCGCACUACGGCACCCCAAGCAUGCCCCUCAUCUUGCCAAGAGAGUGACUCUGACCCUAGUGGCUCGUCAUCAUGGUUCCUGUUUCCAGAUGCAACAAGUCUGAUAACUUGCAAUGAAACGAUGCUGCUGAGCUUCAACAUUCAAGAGACAAUCGUUGACGGGAAGCAAGUACCUGUCACAGCCAUCAGAGGGUGUAAAGCAGACUAUAGCUUCAAUUCUGCAUUGAGCAACUCGCCAAUGGUAAACGAUGAUGUUGCUGCAGUCUGCUCAACACCCAACCAUAACAUAGUCAAAACUUCUGUUACUAUUGGCAUGCCUGCUAGUGACACCACUGGCGGCAACAACGUUCCUCUGCUGGAUGAUCUUCUCUCUGCAGGACACCAAGUCCAAAACUACUUGAGCACAAAGGCACCCUCUUGCACGGAGAAUGUUGUCACUUUUGGUCACUCUCAGUCUGCGGUCAUCGGCCUUUAUGCCGGUGCUGAAGUUUACCAACAUGGCGUCCAUGCCGACAUCUUGAGUAACUUUUUGCAAGAUUUGGCAGAGAAACAGCCUUUCCACGGGCCGCAGAUUGUCCAACUCUGCCCUGAAAAUGGCCGCGGAGCUGAUUAUGCAGUCGGAAUUAUUGCAGCUUCUAUAAACGACUUAACUCUAGUCCAGGACACUGUACGAACCUGGGCGGAUGGGAGCUGCGUGUCUGGAAACUUUGAGAACUACAUGACAGUCUCUCUUAGAGUUCCUGAACAGAUUCAAGGCUCUAACAACAAGACCCUUUCCACUUCUUCAUUAUCAGAAGAGGCACACUCUUGGAAAAAAUCGAGACUCGCUGUUAGGGCCAACUGCAAGACCACUACCGUCCACCCUAAUGAUGGCUGCUCUGCCGUCGCUCAGCGAUGCGGCAUCAGUCAAUCAGACCUGCAGAAAUUUAAUCCUGCUAAAAAUUUCUGCAGUACACUGGCUAACUUCUGCGCGUUGAAAGUUGGCCAACCGGUUUGCUGUACUCAUGGAAAGUUGCCUGAUAUUACUCCCAAACCUAAUAAGGAUGGAUCUUGCUCUGUCUAUACUAUCAAACCGGAUGACGGCUGCACUACCAUUGCUGCCUCUCACGGACUUACUGAGGCUAAGAUUGAAGAGUAUAACAAGAAGACAUGGGGUUGGAAUGGAUGCGGGGUGCUUUUUGAAAAGGCACAGAUAUGUCUUAGCACGGGGACGCCUCCAUUUCCACCAUCUAUCUCCAAUGCUGUCUGCGGGCCUCAGGUUCCUGGUACAAAACAACCACCUUUCGGGAAUAGCGAUGACUGGGUCAAGCUAAACCCUUGUCCUUUGAAUGUCUGUUGUAACAUUUGGGGACAAUGCGGCACUACAGAUGAUUUCUGUGUCAUCUCCAACUCAACGACUGGUGCACCGGGCACAGCAGCCCCCAAAAAGAAUGGAUGUAACUUAGGUAUCUCAAACUGCGGUAGAGACAUCAUAAAAGGCUCACCUCCCGCUAAAACAAUGCGGGUUGCGUAUUAUGAAUCCUGGAACUCAAAUCGCAAGUGUUUACACAUGGAUGUCGAUGAAAUCGACACAUCCAAGUAUACGCACAUUCAUUUUGCAUUUGCCAACGUCACCUCUACUUUCGGAAUUGAUAUUAGCGGUGCCCAAGACCAGUUUAACAGCUUCAAGGCCAUGAGUGGCGACGUCAAGAAGAUCAUCUCCUUUGGCGGGUGGGAUUUCAGUACUAAGCCGGGCACUUUCAACAUUCUUCGUGAAGCUACAAAAGCUGCGAACCGAGCUACUUUUCAGAGCAAUGUUGUUGCUUUCAUCAAACAGCACAAUCUAGAUGGUGUUGAUAUUGACUGGGAAUAUCCAGGUGCCCCCGACAUCCCUGGCAUCCCUGCUGGAGAUGCUGAUGCCGGCAAAGACUACUAUGAAACUCUAAGCAGCCUCAAGACAGCCCUUGGCAGCAGUAAAUCCGUCUCACUCGCAGCUCCAGCGUCUUAUUGGUAUCUCAAAGCCUUUCCCGUCAAGGACUUGGGGGCUAAGAUUGACUAUAUUGUCUAUAUGACAUAUGAUCUUCACGGUCAAUGGGACUACGAUAAUAAGUGGACCUCUCCUGGCUGUCCUACUGGCAACUGUCUCCGCUCCCAUGUUAAUAUUACUGAGACUAAAGACGCCUUAUCUAUGAUUACAAAGGCUGGUGUGCCAUCUAACAAGGUUGUGGUGGGAGUCUCUAGUUAUGGACGUUCGUUUAAAAUGGCCCAGGCUGGCUGCACGGGACCCAUGUGCCAGUUUACUGGUAGCCCAAGAGUAUCCAAUGCAGCCAAGGGCCGCUGCACUGAUACGAGUGGUUAUAUCUCUGAUGCGGAAAUUAAUGAUAUAAUCAUGUUUGGCAACGUGAACAAGCAGUACACUGACGCCGGAUCAAACAUUCUGGUUUACAACGAUACGGAGUGGGUUGCAUAUAUGGAUGACGAUACCAAAGCAGAUCGGGAAGCUUUGUAUGCGUCAUACAACUUCGCCGGGACAAGUGACUGGGCUGUUGACUUGCAAGAGUACACGGAUGGCACUGGUUAUGAUGAGGGCUAUGAUCCCAACUAUGUUGCUAAAAUAAACCCCAAUUACUAUGCAAGCUGCGACUCUACGUACAGCAGCCUGGACGAGCUCAAAAAUAACCAGACCAACAUCCCACCCCACUGCAUGGACCAGUAUAUCGUCGAUGUUGAAAUCAAAAUUCUAAGCGAUGCACUCGAUAAGUAUAAGGACCUUGUCGACCACAGCUACGACGACAAAUUCAAAAUUUAUGAGGAGUACACUGCUGAGCAGAUCCCUGCUCAGAUCAAUUCCUUUAUGGGUAAUGGACAUGCCGGAGAUUUCUUCAGUUGCGCAGAGACAGGUAACCGCACUUGCUGCUCCAUUACGACUACCUGUCCUACCAUCUACAAGGAUGGACCGGAUGGUGUUGAUUGGCUCAGUACGAAGGUCCCCAAUGUGACAUACACUUUAACUGACUCGGAUGGCUUUUACAAGGCUAUCGAUCAAUCUUAUGGCGUUGAAAAGGACUGGAUUAAGUUUGGUAAUACUGACGUGCAACUGACAAACGGCUGUCAGUUUGAAGCGGAUAUCAGGGAAUGCCAGAGGAAAAAUGAUAAGUGGUUCUGGAACUAUCCUCAACCUGCCGAUGACAUCAAAGUCUUCAACCCCAAAGAUGUGAUCGGUAAGUCAUACGACAAAACCCAAGAUCUGCUUGAACGCCUCAGACUGCUCAGGGCCAUUGGCAGCCUAGACGCUCAACUCGACAUGGCAGACGUGGGAGAUGCAGCAGCCCUCCCGGCCUUGACGGUAGCGGUUGCCGUGGAUAGUAUGGAGAAGGUUGUUAAGGCAGCCGAUAAGAUCAAAAAAGAGGAACGAGAGGAGAUGAUUGCCAACUUCAUUGGCGGUGUUCUCUUUUUCAUUCCAUUUGUAGGAGAGGCAGUGGACGCCAGCAUGGUUGCUAUUCGGUCCGCCCUGGAGAUGAUUGAAGUUGCUGGAGAGGCUGGACUGCUGGCCUACAGCAUUGUGCUGGAUCCCGAUAACGCCUUCAUGGCUGUGUUCAGUACGUUGGCGGGUGCGGGCCUGAGCCGUGAAUCAUGGUCAAAGGCGGCAAAUGAAAGGAGGAGCAUGAAAGAUGAAGAUGUCGCGAAACUGGGCUCUAUCAAGGAUGAUUUGGACAAGAUUAAUACUGUCCGUGGAGGAAUGUGUAAGAUUUAA